AUGUCAGUUACAACGGCAUCUAAACCUCAGUUCGAUGCUUUCAGAGAUGAGUAUUCUUUUUCAGAAGGACUAUCAUUUGACUCAUUUAUAUUAGUCAAUGAUCCAAGAUGCAGAAAACCGCCACAAAGAAUAAUCAAAGAAGAACCACUCACUCCUAUACAGCUGUUUUUAAGGCCAUUUAUGCAAUGUUGUGCUCCAAGAAACAGAGGUGGGAAAAAAAUUAAAAUUAAUAUUUCAUCAUAUUCCACAACUACAAGAACAAGUGUUUCAAGUAUUAAAAUACCAAAUAAUUUUAGAAUUGAUGAAUUUGAAACGACAAAUUUGGAAACUCUCUCAAAGCAAAGUAAAAACAUUCUUUGGUAUAUUAUAGUCCCUUAUGAAUACGGUAUACCCAUGAUCACAGAAACACAAAGACAAUAUGCUUGUUUAUUAUGGGGCGUUAAAAAUGAAUACGGUUCAGUUACUACAGAAAAAAGCAUUCAAAAAAUAUUCCAAAUUGCCAGUGAAAGAAGAGAUAAUUCUGAUUUAGUUAAGGAGUAUAAGUCAAACCCUGAUUUACAAAUAUUAAAACUACAUAGGGAUGGACUUUCUGUCACAGCUGAUGAAGCGUUUAAUGAAAUCCUUAGCUAUUAUUCACCAAAGUACUCUAUUCUUGCAAUCAUUUCAAGAGGAAGAUGUUUUGCAUUCUACUCUAAAGCAAGCGAAGAUAACAACAAUGUUACAUAUAUGUUGUUUGAUGCAUCUUCCAAAUAUGAAAAUGGCCCAAAAGUUUUUGGAUUUAAAAAUAUGAAUAGUCUUAAGGAACAUGUUUUAAGUGAAUUUAGCCGUGAUCAUGAAACAAGAUUAAAGGUCUCAGAAGGAUUCAAAGUUACAGUUUUUCAGGGUAGAGUAAUGUGGAAUACUGAAUUCGAUUUGCCUAAUACAAUUAUUAAAAAGGACUAUAAGGAAAAAAAUGAAGCCAUGAUAAGGUUAGGGAGGCUUAAUGAUCCCAAAUUUGAUGCUAAAGUUGUAUAUGGGGAACUUCAAAAAGCUACUACAAGGCCAACUGAUCAAGAUUACUUCUUUACAUAUCAAAAUAACAUGAUGAAGAUUAUUAGAUAA